ACUUCUAUGACGUCAUCAGACUGAAAUCGAGGGACCACUUUUUUGGCUGCGGUAAAAACACCAGUCCGAGACGCGUUCCAGGCACCAUAGUGGUGGUGCAGUCCACAGUGGUGCCGGUGGUGCAGUCAGUGCAGUCAUGCCAAUGUGCGCAAUGUUCGGCUGCCGAAGCAACAGCAAGUCCUCUGCGCAGCAGAGUAACACAGAGCCAAAUGUAGGGCUGCACUGUUUGCCAAAGGUGAUAACGCGACAGUGUGAGCGUACAAAGGUGCUGUCUGAGAAACGCCGAAGCCUCUGGCUUGCUCGGAUACAUCGUAAGGAUCUUAAGAACCUAGACAACGUCCGUGUCUGCGGUCGUCACUUCAUUACAGGCAAACCUUCAGCUCUCAUGGACGACACAAACCCCGACUGGGUGCCUACCCAGCACCUGGGUUACGAACGUAGUGAACAACCUCCGGCUUCCCGUUUCCAGCGUUCCAAGAAACGCCAAAAAAAGCGAGCGUUAACCGCCACAGCGAGCACUGAAUUCUGCCAAUCCCUUGAAAAUAACGCACCUUCGCCAGACUGCACCAUGGACUCUCAUGUUCCCUCUUCUAGUUGCAUACUAGACUCAGCAGCGUGCAACAAAGAUGCUGCCAUGCAAACAGAAUUGGCGAUACAGGACCUGCGAGCAGUUGAAGCGGAUAACAGGAGGCUUGCUUCUGAGCUGCGUUCAUUGGCAAAGCGAAAGGCACACUCUCGCCCAUGUGAUUACAAGCAGAACAGGCUUGACAACUGGAAGAAGCCAAAGCCAGACGCGGUUCCGACACAACCUCCCUCUCGUCGUGCAUCGAAACAGAAAAAGAAACCGGUGCUGCAGAGACGGUCCAAGUCCAUUCCAUCUGUUCCUGCUCGUCCUGAGAACAACUGUGAUCUAUCUACACUAUGUGAAGUGAGCAUACAUCUGCUUGAAGACUCUGCUGAAGCAGAAAGCACCGAAAUUCCUUCAACAUCAUUACCAUCAUCUGCAGUGGACCUGCAUAACCUGCACAAAGAUGUUUUAGCAGCUGGUGAUAGCUCGUCCUCUUCCCCUCCGAUUUUGUCUCGGAGAGAGUCGAAUCCCAGCGUCCCUUCUGCAAAGCCGAGCAACCUCCCUGCCAGCUCGGAAUGUGCUGAACUUAGAAGGCAAUUGGUUAAUGUGAUGAGGAAGAAUGCAGACUUACAGGAGUACUGCGAGAGGGCAAAGAAGGACAUGAGCUGUCUAAGGAUGAAGGUAGGUGUUCUUGAGACUGAACUCCAGAAUCUUAAGUAUGGUAUGAAGUUCUUGAAUGAAGAUCAGCUUCAGGCACUUUUAGGGGACAGUGUGCAAGGUUUCAUUUGGUCUGCAAACACCAUCAAGCAAGCCCUUCAGAUCAAAGAUACAUGUGGGAAGGCAGGUUAUGAAACACUAAGGAACCUGGGGUACCCACUGCCAUCUAUCUCAACUCUCGAACGAAGGUUACAGAGCCAGAGUUCAUUUUCAGGCAUUCUUUUGGAAGCUUUUGAUGUACUAAAGUGCAAGACUGAGGGCAUGGAAGACACAGAAAAAGACUAUAUACUUUUCGUUGACAAGAUGGAGAUUGCGCAAGUUGUGGAGUGUCAUCUUGGUUCUGUGCCACAUUCAGAGCGCCUUGAGAAGUCGAAACUGCAUCUUAAUGUUUAAGGUUUCUGGUAUGAAUCAGCAUUGGACACACAUAGUUGCCUAUCUCUUGGUUGGGCAGUGCAUCGAUAACUCUGCUUUAAAAGAGUUUGUGAUGGAGCUUGUCUGGUUGUGCUCAGAAAUCGCUCCGAGGGUCCUUGUCGUCACUAGCCAUGUGGGAACUGCCUAUGAUGGAAUGUGGUGCGAGCUUGGUUUUUUACGUCGUGGCGGUUCUUAAAUUGUGUCCUCAAUCCUGCACCCUUUCUUGGAAGGAAAGCAGCUUGUCUUUGUGUCUGGUCUGGCCUGUGUAAAGGACAUUUGUGAACUGCCUCUGAACUCCACUUUGUUUAUUAAUGAUGAGGCUACAGCAGAGGACCAUCUGCCAAGCAAUGAGGCAACUUAGUGGUAUGCAGCUGCGUCACCUCUUCUUAACUGUGAUCUUCCUAACAAGUCAAAUGGUGAUCCAGGGUGUCCGACAUCCAUGCCACCAGUAGACACAUAGCCCAAAGGACGAUUGAAUAUGCUGUGGAAUUGUUUUGAAAAUUGUUUUGAGUCUUUGCAAAUGAGGUUGAUAUAUGCCUUAUCCAGGAAACAGCACCAUGUUGCAAAGCAUGUACUGAUGUGGUGCCGCCCAAUAUGGGCCCACCAUACUGUUGUGUUUGGUUCUUAUGCUUUUGCAUUAUGGUUAUAAUUUCACACUUCUAAGUUCUUUCUUAAAACUUGCACGCAUUGUACAUUAGUCAGUUGAAUGUCCCCAAGUAAUUUGGUGAUAUUUGUGGUUUGCAAUGCGGUGCAGUAUGCAUUCAGUGUUGGUAUAAAAGCAUGCAAGCAAGAACAUCAA